CACCUCUCUCGCUGUUCUGUUUCUAGUGCAAUUCUUUAUUCUUGGAUUGACAACUACCGACAACAUCCAACAGCACCAUGACCUGACAAGAGGCGCCAGCGGUAAAUGGGACAAGUGGCAAGAGGUACCAGACCUCCAGCUGAAAAGAACAGCAAUUCAACAAGUGCCUGGGGCUGACCAGUGGCUUGGAGAGCACCUGGAGACUGCAGGAAACACCAGCUCAAAUCCUGACAGCCCAGACAAAAGGAGCUUUCCAAAAGGACCCGAGCAAAGAGCAAGGCGGGGGGCAGAUCAAAAGGGCACUGUUGCCCCAGUAGAGGCAACAGCCGCGUCUCCCCCACAAGGCAACCCCGUGGAAUCGACCCAUUUCCAACUAAGUUCCAGCAUCCCUUCGCUCAAAGAUGAGCGGGAGCAGGUGUCAGGGGGAGAAGCGACGUCUGGAGUUCGAGGUGAGGAAGUGAACGGGUUGGAAACAACAGCGAAGAGACUCCAGCUGCAGAACAGCCUGUACCCUGUCACUGACAGCACCUACAGCGCGUACGCCGUCAUGUUUCUGUCCUUGAUUUUGUUCACGGUCGGCAUCAUUGCAAACCUAGCCGUGAUGUGCAUUGUCUGUCACAAUUAUUACAUGAAGACCGCCUGGAAUAACAUUCUCGCUGGCAUGGCUUGUUGGGACUUUUUUGUCAUCUUCUUCUGUCUGCCGAUGGUCAUCUUCAAUGAGAUCACUAAGAAAAGGCUGCUCGGGGACAUUGGCUGUAAGGUGGUGCCCUACUUGGAGGUUUCUUCUCUUGGAGUCACUACCUUUAGCCUAUGUGCAUUAAGCAUCGACAAGUUUCGUUCUGCAACAAGUACACAGUCACAAAUUAGGCUGAUAGAAAAUUGUCUAUCUAUUGUGGCCAAGAUGGCAGUCAUCUGGAUAGGAUCUAUGUUGCUAGCUCUCCCUGAAGUCCUUCUCUGGCAACUGAAUCAAAAGACUUCCAUUGUGUCUGGGGUUAUCACUGACUAUUGCAUCAUCAAAACAUCUUUGAAUCUCCCCGAGCAUAUCUAUGAACUUGCACUGACCUAUGAGAAUUCCAGGAUGUGGUGGUACUUUGGUUGCUACUUCUGCUUGCCCAUCAUUUUCACAGUGACUUGCCAGUUGGUGUUGAGACGAGUAAGAAACACAGAGAAGAAAUCCAACCUCAAAAUUAUUUCUCAGCAUGCUCAGCAUGAAAAUCAAAAGAACAAUACCUUGAUUGGUCUGACUAUCCUCUAUGGCUUCUGCAUUAUCCCGGAAAAUGUUUCCAACAUCGUGGUGACCUACACCUUUCCUGAAAUCUCCAAGGAGACCGUUGACUUGCUCAACAUUAUUAAUCAGUUCUUCCUGUUUUUCAAGUCCUCUGUAACCCCAGUGUUGCUUCUAUGCCUCUGUAAACCUUUGGGCAGAGCCUUCAUGGAUUGCUGUUGCUGCUGUUGUGAUGAAUGCGUUCCAGAGACUUCAGAAAUUGAUGUUCAUGACAGCAAGCUGAAGACAGAAAUGGCAACUAUUUUCUGUGAUAAUUCCAAGGAAACACCAACAAUGAUGACCCUAGGUACUCAAUGUUAGUUACAAUCCUUCACAUUCAACCUGCUUCCUGAAGGCUCAAUGGUGAAGCAUGCCCAUUUUCAAAAACACAGUUAAUUUUUUGACUUAGUGGUGCUCUGUUUACUGCCCAAAAUGACCUAGUGAAUAAGGUGAAAUUUAGU